AUGUACACCUAUUCGAAAUACGGGUCUCGUAUGUCUUCUUCCCUGGUAUACGCUCCUCCAGCGCCCAACGCCGUGGUAUCCAAGUAUGCUACCAAGGAAAGGAAGAGAGAGAAGCCCAAGCCAGUGUUACGGUUGUUUGAUGCUCCUUUGCCUGAUGGGGCUAACCAGAAGCAUAAACCGUUUGUUAAUGAUUACCAGAAUGAGUAUGUCCAUUCAGGACAACCUUCUACCCAGUUUAUCAGAAAUGUUGAUAAUCCUACUGAAGGGUACCCCAAGUUGAAGAAGUUGAAGGAGUUGAAGGAGAAGCAGGUGGAUAAGCAUGCUAUUAAGCCUUAUGGAGUGAGAGUUGAAACUAGGCAAAUUGUACCGCUUUUGAAUUCGUGGGUUAGGGAUCACGCUCUUCAAUUCGAUGUGAUCAUGAUAGGCGCGUUGGUGGAGAACCAGUUCUUGUUACCGUUAUUGGAACUGUUGCCAUUGUAUAAGCUUUGUGCUAAGCCAGGGUUUCUUUUUAUUUGGACAACUACUGCUAACAUUAAGCAAUUGUCUAGUCUUCUUAACAGCGACAAAUGGAAUAAGAAAUUCAGAAGGUCAGAGGAAUUGGUGUUUGUUCCCGUGGACGAGAAUAGUCCUUACUUUCCUGGCCAAGUCAAUGAUGGUUUCUACCAUGGAGAGUUCAAGGGUAAGAAAGCCAAAAAUGGCAAUGGCACGUCGUUGUUCCAGAGAACCCAAUGGCACUGUUGGAUGUGCAUCACUGGUACAGUCAGAAGAUCGACCGACGCUGAAUUGAUCCAUUGCAACGUUGACACCGACUUGCAGAUGUCACCGGUGGGAAGCCCUGGUGCUGCCUACAACAACGCUGUGCCUGAAGCGAUCUACAGAGUGGCAGAGAACUUCUCCAAUUCCAACCGUCGGUUGCACAUUAUCCCUUGCCGUACAGGGUAUAGGUUGCCCGUGAGGAUGAGAAGAGGCUGGGUGGUGGUGCUGCCAGACGUGCUUGUUGACAAUUUCAACCCAGAAGAGUACGAAGAAGAGAUUCAGUCGAAGCUGACGGUGAAGCACAAGACGGUGAACACUGGAGGCGGCAACCGCCACGUUCAGCAAUUUUUGGUGCCACAGACACGUGAGAUAGAGGGAUUGAGGCCAAAGAGUCCUUCAUGA